GUAAUACAUUGCAUAUCGCCCAGGGUACUAAACGCGCACUAGAUUAUCAAACCACAACAUUAUUGCAAAAUUCAGUGCUCCUGCAUAGAGUUCUUUUACUAUUUUUCACGUGUUAAAGAGUUGUAUCAUCAAUGAUGACUGCGACUUCAAUGAGUGCCUACAACAUAACCCAAGUACCGACAUUCCAAGAACAAAACAGCACUGAGGAAGAGAUAAAACAUUAUCUGGAAAAACUUAACUAUGAAACGUUCAUUAAAUUAUUUCCCUUGGUAGUGAUUCUCCUUGUGUUGAUCGUUGUCGGCGUCUGCGGUAACCUCCUCGUCUUCCUCGUCUACCUCAAGCAGUUCAAGGCAAGUGCCACGCGAGUGUUCGUGCUGGCCAUGGCUGUCUGUGAUUUCAUGACCAACCUCUUUGUGUUGCCAUGGAUGAUUCAGGAUACACGAUACAGGUACACAAGCAAGGACCCUGUCUGCAAAAUGAAGAGAUCCCUCGCAGUAUUUCCAAUUGUCAUGUCCUUCUUGAUUCUCACCUGUGUCGCCCUGGAUCGUCGCCGUCGCAUUUGCCAGAUUCACAAACGACAACUGAGCGAGCGACAAGCGAUUUAUUUACUAAUUGUUCAGUUUAUUGUCACUUCUGUAGCCGUUUUUCCAUUUAACACUUUUGUACGGGGUGAGGCCUCUGGAGACAAGUCUUCAUGGAAUAGAGGGGACCACAUGCGGGUAUGCAAACACCCUUCUGGAAGAAAAGUCAAGGAGGUAUACGGUAUUAUGAUGGGGAUCGGCUACGGUGCCGCCUUUGUGCUACUGUUAGCUUCCUAUUUGCAUAUUUCCUACAGAAUUUACCAGCAGAAAAAGAAAAAGAACGAUUUUAUAAUACAAUUAAAUGCUAAUUCUACUUCUGGCGUAAAAAGGAAUCUUAAGAAAAGUGAGGGCAUACACGAGGUCACAGAAACUAUGACAAGUUUUAUCUGCCAGUCAAGUUCAAACAUCAUCGAUGAACGUCUGGUGAGUGCGUCUGUUCAAGCGAAUGCCAUGCCCAGGACGUGUUUGUUCCAGAUGAAUCAGCUAAGGACAGUUGUAGGAAUGUUACAGAAGACGUCUGCAAACACACAGAGACUGCCAGAUGCUCACCCAAAUCAAAGAUAGAAAGUCAGAUGAGAUCAACAGCUAAUAUCUACAUGAUGACUACAUCAGAACAAUCGUUUAAAAAGUCGAUUUCGGCAACUGAUAAUCUGUCGGAAAUUAAAGUGCAGCCCGGAUCAGCGAUAGCAUCUUCAAGUACUUCACCUGCAGAGAAAUGCGGAACCUCAUCUGCAGACAACAUUGGUCAAGAUUGUGAAGACGCCAUGUCGAGGUCACAUGAUCUCCAAGAUGCCAAGCGGAAUCGACACAAGAGGGCGCUUUUAACGAGAACGACGGUCAUGAUGUUUGUCUUGACUGUCGCGACCCUCGUCUGCUAUGUCCCUUACAUCGCUAUGACGCUGGCUGAAACAAAGUAUCUGGGAAUUCAUUUCAGCUCACAGUGGCUGAACCUACAUUUUAUCGCUCGCUUAUUUCCUGUCAUCAACAGCGUCAUCAACCCUUUCAUCUACAGCUUCUGUAACUCAAAGUUUCGUCAGGAGUGUCGUCGGUUUCUGAUGAAGGCCCGUAACUGUCUCUUUGCUUAAACUGCUUUGAUAUUUUAUCAAAGUGUAUGGACUGUUGCUUACAAGAAACUCUAGACUAUACAAAGACUGGAGAAAUUGCCAGGUAUAGAUCACCACAGAUACCACUGCUCCUACUUUAGACAUCAUUUCCAAGGAAACCUCUACAGAAAUGCACAUUUUGUAGCUUAAGUUACAAAUAUCUGUUAAACCUAUCCAUAUUUCGUAACUAUCCAGACUUUCUGAACUAACCCUGAGGACAGACAAGGUUUCGGCUGCAGUUUUGGAAACCAAACCAUAUGGUUGGUGUUAUCCUAGCAAGCUGUUGUGAUGCGGAUUUGUGCUGUUGACACAAUUUAUUUACAGAAAAAAAGGCUUUUAAUAGGACAAGUAAACUUUGGUAUUCUAUGUAAAUGGUUCAACUGAUGAUAGCUGUUUCAAUGUAAAAUAAAUACUACAGGUGUUACAAUAAGCUUUGGUAUCCAUAAUCGAGUGAACGCAAUGUGUCUGAUUAAAAGAAA